AUGGUUCAAAAAGUCAAGAAGGAUAAGAAUCAAAGUUCACCAAAGAAAGAAGCCAAUAAUAGCCCAAGGCCAUGGCCAAAUCUUCCCAAAGAACUCACCAGCUUAAUCUCAAGUGAACCGAGUCUAAUGGAAAACAUCAGUUUUGGUGGUGUCACCAAGUCAUGGAGAUCAGCACACUCUAAAAAAUGUAUCCCAAUAGGAAAAUCCCUAUGGCCACAACUCACUGAAAUUCAAAAAAACAAGAAUCAUUCUCACUGCUUUCAUAUAGGAUAUUACUGGCCUUAUGGUAGAAGAUGGCGGACAUGGAAGGACCCUUGGAUAUAUUUCAAGGGUCAUUCUCAUGGUUCACUAAUAGCAGUUGGACGCUGUCCAAAUGAUAUCUUAUUGUGGAAAUCCUACAGAGAGACCUACUGUCACCUUCCAUCUUGGGAUACCCGCGUUCCGUUCAGGUUUGCAACUUUAUCUACAUUUCAUCCCAUAAGUCUCAAUGACUAUGGAAAAACUUGUAUGAUUAUGGUGCUAACAGGUGCUGCUUCUCCAGCUUUUGUGUUCUGUGAAACGGGGGCCAGAAAAGAAUGUGUGUGGAGGAAGCAAGACUGUAACCUAACUGACCCCUUUGGCUCAGGUGAACAUUUGCAGUUCAUAAAUGCCAUUGGCUUUAAUGGAAAAUUCUACGCGUUGAGUUUGCAGGGGACACUUGCAGUAAUUGAAGAAAUUGAUUCUAGCCUUAGAGUCACUGAGAUGAGCUCAAGCAGGGCUGUUCCUUAUGUUAUUUCAAGGCAUUUCAGGGAAAUUUUAGUUGAAUCAGAUGGGGAAAUAUUAUUGAUUUUCUUGGUCUCUAAAAGAUCCAUUAAAAAAGUGGAUGAUGUUGAAGUUUACAGGCUGGAUAUUCCAAAACUGUUGUGGGUUAAGAUGGAAAGCCUUGGGCAUAGAACAUUGUUUGUGGAGGAAGAAUGUUGUAUGUGGAUUAAUGGCAGCAAGCUAGGAUGCAGGAGCAAUUGCAUAUAUUUUACUCAGCAAGUAAGUGAAAACUGGUGGCUGUUUGACAAGCAAGCAAAAUCAAUAUCACCUGCUCCUGAAAGCAACCUUUUUGGUAUUGAAUCUUUGAUGUAG